UGUGUGUGUGUGUGAGAUGCUGCGUCACAGGGGGAAGGGCGGUGCCCCCAGGUAGGCGCACCAGCAGCGGUCACAUCUCCACAGAGGAGGCAGUGUGUGUUCAGCGGAGACUCCCAGGACGAACGGAGCCGAAAACAGCCGGGUCAUUUGGAAAUAUCGAAACAGGGAAGUUGGAUCCGUCGGUCAGCGGUGGAAGAGUCAGCCGGUCUUCAUCAGCAUGUUCAGCUGGGUGAAACAGGAGCAAGGUGGACGCAACAAGGAAGGAGAGAUGUACCAGACGGUGACGGAGGGGCUGCAGACCCUCUACCACAAGAAGCUGCUGCCGCUGGAGGAGCACUACCUCUUCCAUGACUUCCACUCCCCGGCCCUGGAGGCCGCCGACUUCCAGAGCAAGCCCAUGGUGCUGCUGGUCGGCCAGUACUCCACCGGGAAAACCACCUUCAUCAGGUACCUGUUGGAGCAGGAUUUUCCGGGGAUGCGGAUCGGUCCAGAGCCGACCACCGACGGCUUCAUCGCGGUGAUGUACGGCGAGAAUGAGGGCGUCGUCCCCGGCAACGCUCUGGUGGUCGACCCCAAGAAACCCUUCAGGAAGCUCAACGCGUUCGGGAACUCCUUCCUCAACAGGUUUAUCUGCUCUCAGAUGCCCAAUCAGGUUCUUCAGAGCAUCAGCAUCAUCGACACUCCUGGUAUCCUCUCUGGAGAGAAACAGCGAAUCAGCAGAGGUUAUGACUUUGCGGAGGUCCUGCGUUGGUUCGGCGAGCGGGUGGACCGGAUCAUUCUGCUGUUCGACGCUCACAAACUCGACAUCUCGGACGAGUUCUCCGAGGCCAUCAGAGCCUUCAAAGGACAGGACGACAAGAUCCGCGUCGUCCUCAACAAAGCCGACCAGGUGGACACCCAGCAGCUGAUGCGUGUGUACGGCGCCCUCAUGUGGUCACUGGGGAAAGUGAUCAACACUCCAGAGGUGGUGAGAGUUUAUCUGGGAUCCUUCUGGGCCAAACCCCUGCAGAACACCGAGAACAGACCCCUGCAGAACUCCAAGAACAGGCGUCUGUUUGAGGCGGAGUCUCAGGACCUCUUCAGGGACAUCCAGAGUCUCCCGAGAAACGCGGCGCUCCGUAAACUCAACGACCUCAUCAAGAGAGCGAGACUGGCCAAGGUGCACGCUUACAUCAUCAGCUACCUGAAGAAGGAAAUGCCGUCACUGUUUGGGCGGGAGAAGAAGAAGGAGGAGCUGAUCAUGAGGCUGCCGGAGAUCUACACCAUCCUGCAGAGAGAGCACCACAUCAGCCCCGGAGACUUCCCCAACGUCGCCAAGAUGCAGGACAUGUUGCAGCACUACGACUUCAGCAAGUUCCCGUCUCUGAAGAUGAAGCUGAUCGAGUCGGUGGAUAAGAUGUUGGCCUCAAAGAUCGCCGUUCUGAUGGCGAUGAUCCGGGAGGAGGAGUCGAAGGCGCCGCCGGCGAUGGUGUCCGGCGGCGCCUUCGAGGGCUCCCAGGAUGGGCCCUUCGGUCAGGGCUAUGGCGAGGGCAUCAGCGCCGGGGCCGACGCCGAGGACUGGAUCGUCAGCCGCGAGAAGCACCGCUACGACGAGAUCUUCUACAUGCUGAUGCCCGUCAACGGCAAGAUCACCGGCGUCAACGCCAAGAAGGAGAUGAUGAACUCGCGGCUGCCCAACACCGUGCUGGGGAAGAUCUGGAAGCUGGCCGACUGCGACCGGGACGGCAUGCUGGACGACGAGGAGUUCGCCCUCGCCCAACAUCUCAUCAAGAUCAAACUGGAGGGCUACGAGCUGCCCACCGAGCUGCCUGACCACCUGGUGCCCCCGUCCCACCGCAAAAACGCCACCGCAGACGCCCUGUACAACCACAGCGAGGACUAGAGCGCUAACGGGGAGCCGAGCUAGCCGCCAAAGACUGGGUCCAAAUGUAAAAAAAAUCAACAUUUCUGCUGCUGACGUUCUGACUAACAGGAGAACCAAUCAGCAAACUGACAGCUCCAGAAGGUCAAAGGUCAAAGUUUAGGAUGUACACACCGAGGAGCUCACCACCGUUUUCCAACCAUCUAUCGCUAACACACGUUUAAAUAACCGGCCAGCAGACAAACACGACAAAAGUGACUGAACGCUACAGGAAGUCAAAGUAUAUUACACUUUUAUUCUGGUAAGAUUUUAUAUAUUGUACAAUUCAGCUGCUUUCAAAGCACCAAAGAGGAAGAAAUGAUAAUGUAGCUUCACAUUUCACUAAGUCUGCUUUCAUCUGGACACUUUUAUUUUGAAAGAGGACAAAUAUCUUGAUAUUUAACCAACUUCCUGCCUUACUUUCCCUUCGUAUUACGCCUCUGAACGUCUUUAUACUGAUUCACUGUAAAUUUCUUUAGUUCAGUCUCCAAAAUGAAUCCGGACGUUUGGUGAAAGAAUUUAAGAGUUUCACCAUUUCCAAAAAGAUAAAAGGUUUGAUUCAAUCUAAUAAUGUACCUUUUUUUAAAUUAAUUUUUGAAUAAUUUACUCUUUCAAAACGUCCACAAUAAUGUCAAACAUACGUAUAUUUUAUAUUUGAACCAAAAUCAAUGUUUUUAAAUUUAAAUGUUUUAAUGCAUUUUCUUAAAGAUUUUAUUUACAUUUCCAUAAAUAUUGUUGCCAAUUGGCUAAUCUAUGUUCAAAAGUCAACCACAUUUUGAAGAAGGUAAAAGAUAAAUGAGACUAUUAUACUCUCACAUUUUAAGUUAUCUAAUGUUAGCAAAACCCUCUCUAAAGCUAGCUAUUAGCUAAAUCAGUUUUAUUUCGCUAAUAGCUAGUGUUUAACUAACUUUAGCUCAUUUAACAUGUGACUGUAUGUUUGUCUCCUUUAUCUUUUAACCAUCUUCAACAUUUGGUUGUGUUUUUAACAUAGAUUAGCUUAGCACGUAGCAUAUCUAACUACAGGAAAGGAGGAAGUUGACCGCGGCUUGUUCAACUGUUAUUGGAGCAGAGACCAAAAAGGGGCGGGGCUUAGGAAGGUUUGAUUAAUCAGAAUUAUCGUUUGAUUUCUGUCGGUUAAAACAACUUUUACUAAAGAAAAAAAUUAUAUAAAAAGGUAAAAUAACCUGAUUCAGAUCAGAGAAACCGAAAAAGUCUCACAUUCAAUCCACGAGUCCACGUUUUAGAGCAGGAAGCCGUUUACUUACCGCCUUCUUCACGUGACACACGGGUGCAGAAUGAGUCCCAGAACCAGGACGUUGGGGGUUACGGGGGUUGUCGGGGGUCAAAGGUCAGAGUCUGUCGUGUUUGAACAGCACACAGUCAGGAGGAGAUGACAGUGGAAAUGGCCGCUGCAGCUCGCUGUUAACUCGUCCUCCGGGACGGACGGCGUCCUGACUCGUGUUGCCGUCGACAGUUUGUGUCGGUUUCCUCACAUUGUAAACAGCAGCCGAGAGGAGGAGAGCCGGUGACCUCUGACCCCUGCUGACUGCACAGUGUCCUCCUUAUGGAAACAGCUUUAUUUGUUUUAUCUAUGGAGCUUAAAAAAAAACCCAGUUACUUCCUACACGGUCCGAAGAUUGUUAAAAACCGAGGCAGAAAAAUACUCUGAGGCCAAAAGUAUGUGGACACGUCAAAUAUUAGAAAAACAUGUUUGUUAAACUGCCGCCACUCUUCUGGUUUCGGUAUUUCCUGCUGAUGUUGCUCCAGUUCAGACACCUGAGCAUUAAUGAGGACCAAUACUGAUGAUUGGUGAUCAGAUGUGCUGGUGGUCCAGUUCAUUAAGAGUUUCCCUCGUUGAAACAAGCCAGUAAACACAGACCAGGGGUGUCCACAUACUUUUGGCCACAUAGUCUGCCUGUAAAUUUACACAGUAAUAAUCUUUAAAAUGCGAAUUACAUCAGUAUAAACUAACCCGAAACUAUAAAUAUCCAUAUCAAAACUCUACAAUACAACACCUGACUGUUCGCUAAGCCCCGCCACCAUUAGCUCAUGUUGCUACGCCUGCUUACGUUCUUGCACAAGACAGUUUAGAGUAAUAACGGCGACAGCGUAAACUUAAUAAACAGAGCUUUUAAUCCAUUCCUUACACUUCAGUGUUGUGUUUUUAAAAUAUGACAACUCUGCAAACUAGAAUGUUUUUACGGUUGCUAAGCUGUUAUUGGAUAAUUGCUGUAGCUGGACAGGUUUAGCAAAGCUGUACAUUUUCCAUUUUCUGUUAAAAAAAAGUAAAAGUAGCAGCGAAUCUUGCUCUGAAUGUGCCUUUAAGUACGACAGGAAGUUUAUUUUGUGAGCCGCCUAUUAGCUGCCAGAUGCUAUAAAGUCUCAAGGUGUAUUUAGACUGAAUUUGAAGCAUAUUUUCGCCUUGCGUUGUUCUCUUAAGGUCUCUUAAUUUUUAGUGUUUUAUAAUCAAACAGCCAAUGUUCAGACUGUACAGACAUUAGCUGUAGCUAGCUAGCAACAAAUGCUCCAGCCGUGUGUUUGAGGACGAUGUUACGAUGAGCACAAAUUUGUCUUUUUGUUGACUUUAUAUGAACACGCGCUCUAAAAUUUGCUCUGUGUUCAGUCUGAACACACCUUAAGACAUUUAACGCAGAUUUCAAAGCUACACUGUAAUUCAAUAAGUUUACUUAACUCAAAACAAUUGUUUAAACGAAGUACAAAGAACAAAUUACAAAACAUUCUUAAUUAAGUACUUUAAGUACGUAUUCUGUUUUCUCAGUACAAAUAAAAAUGACUAAAUUAAGUCAGUGUCAUUUAAAAUGACUAAAUCUGCUUUAAUAAGAAUGUUUUUCUAACUUACAAAAUUGAGUUGGUUUAACUUAAAAGGUUUGAUAAUCUGUUCCAACAGUUUUUUUGAGUUCAAUGAGCUUAUCUGUAUCUUUCAGUGUACAUUUGCACAUUUCCCCGUCGGUGCCUCUUCAUUUCAAAGCCUUUUGGGGUUAAAAAACUGUUUUUUUAGGUUGAGUUUGGUGAACACUUUCCCAGUCGUGCCUUUUGAGUUCAGUGUGUUUUGAUGCCCUCUGUUUCUAUGACAGGACUGUGAUCGUCCUCGAGGAUCCAGCAGCCGGGCGGCUUCUGUGCCUUUAACAUGCAAAGAAAGACCAAAAUCUAAGUUUAUUCUAGUUUAUUGCGUCUUUGUGCGUUUCAUCUGUUAAGUCGUUAGUCCUCUUCGAUUUAAGGUCCAUAAAAUACAGGAUUUAAGUGAAUAAAUGUAUCAUUGAUAUGAGCUGUGUAAUGAGCUGUGUGGUGGUUUCAGGGGCCUGAAGAGCGUGGGAAAGUUCAGUGUUUGAUGUUUUCUGUGUGCAAAGAUGCGUCUCUCAGUCAGACUGUACAUUCAGUGAAAUCAUGUCUUCAUUUAUCUGAAUGUAUUUUUGAUGUAUUUUGUAUUCUUGCUGUUUGAAUGUGUUACUGGUCAACAGUCUGUUACUCAUGUUUGACUGAUGAACCCAUGUUCACAGAAGUUGGAGAAUAAAGUUUAUUCAAUACAUAUAAUCAA